AAAGCAAGCGUAUAACAAGUACAUAUUUGUACAUCCACAGCAAUGCCGUCGAGCUUGUCAGAGAACCGGAAAACAGAAGAGUUCCGGGAUGUCUACCGGAAGAACAAGCCCACGGACAAGUCGGUUAUACAGCGACUAUGCACGUGGGACAAGCGGCGCGUCACCAACAUGGUGCGGACCAUGUUUCCGUUUUUCUGGAUAAUGCGCAAGUACCAGUGGAAGACGGACUUUCUGGCUGAUUUUGUCGCUGGACUAACUGUUGGAAUUUUGCAGUUUCCCCAAGGUAUGGCAUUCGCGAUGUUGGCUGAUCUGCCACCCGUGGUCGGUCUCUACGUGUCAUUUUUCCCGGUUGUCAUCUACUUCUUCUUCGGCACUUCAAAGCACGCUGCCGUGGGUACCUCGGCUCUUGUCGGCCUUUUGACUGGCUCCGUCAUGGGAAAAUUCUACACAACAGGGACUUCAGCGGCGUCGACAGGUGGUACUGCUAACGCCACUUUGGAUGCCAACAUGACCACGACCAUGGCGACGUCUGCAGGAGUCACGGACGAGUUCAAAAUUGGAGUCGCCAUGUCGUUAUGUUUCUUUGUAGGGGUUUUGCAGAUCUUCAUGGGUGUUUUUCGCCUCGGUUUUGUGACAACGUACAUGUCCGACCCCCUGAUUUCCGGCUUCACCUCUGGUGUCGCUGUGCACGUGGCGACCAGCCAGAUCAAGCACAUUCUGGGGCUAAAGUUGCCCAGAAUUGAUAAAGAUUUCCAAGUUAUAAAUACGUGGAUAUCCAUCUUCAAGAACAUCCACACCACAAACGCCGCUCCCGUCAUCAUUUCCGCUAUCUGCAUUUUGGUCCUUUAUCUGGUCAAAGCCCAGGUCAAUGAGAGGUUCAAGGCAAAAAUCCCCGUCCCCAUUCCCAUCGAAAUCGUCGUGGUAAUACUUUCUACAAUUGCUUGCCACUUCGGAAAGUUCCCCGAAAAGUUCAAGGUCAUAGUCGUUGGAGUCAUUCCGAAAGGCCUCCCUGUCCCUAGCACCCCUGUUUUUUCCGGCGUGGACACUUAUUUCACUGAAGUCAUCGUGAUCGCUAUCGUCUCCUUUGCGCAAUCUGUCUCGCUGUCGGCCAUUAUGGCUAAGAAACACAAAUACGGAAUCAACUCAAAUCAGGAAUUCAUAGCGUACGGAAUCGCUAACGUGUUCAGUGCGUUCUUCUCAUGCUUUCCUGGUUCUGCCUCCGCUGCUAGUACGUCCUUACAGGAUGGGGCAGGCGGCAAGUCACAGAUCGCCAGUCUGUUCUCUGCUGGUUUGGUGCUGAUCAUCAUCUUGUGGCUGGGUUCGCUCUUCACUAACCUUCCUAAUUGCGCCUUGGCUUCGAUCAUUGUUGUUGCCAUCCGAGGUCUAUUCUUGCAGCUGUUGGACAUACCGAAAGUCUGGAGGACAUCCAGAUAUGAUUGCUUCAUCUUUGUGGUGACCUUCGUGGUGACGGCUCUUGUGCACAUCGACAUGGGGCUCCUGGUCGGCGUUAUGUUUGCCUUCUUCACAGUGGUCCUGAGGACACAAGUCGGUAAACCCACGCACCUGGCCAAGGUAUCCGAUGAGAAGGUGUACAGGGACCCCAAGUACUACAUUCAGACAACGGUGCACAACACGAUCAAGGUGAUCGGCUACCACUUUCCUAUCUACUACGCUAACGGGGCACUUUUCACGAGCGAAGUGUAUCGUCUAGCAACCAUCAAGCCCGAGGCCUUGAAGAAGCACAUCCGGCGAUCUAACAUGGCCAGCAGCAAUAGUUUAGCCAGCAUGAACAGCAUGAAUAGCCAGAAAACUGUCGCAUCGAAUGGAAGCACCGAUAGACCAGACAGCGUCAUUGAAGUAGAUCACGCUUUCCCCGUCGUUGACCCCCAGAAUAUCUACCCGCUGGAGUUCAAGUACCCUCUGUCCCACAUCAUCCUGGACCUGUCUGGGGUCUCCUUUGUUGACACCGUUGGCUGCAAAAUGAUCAAAAACCUGAUUGUGGACUAUGCUGCUGUGGACGUUAAGGUGUGGAUGGCGAACGUGUCUGACGACAUCUGGAACAUUUUCAAGGUAAUGGAGAUAGUGCCCGCCUAUAAAGACAGCAUUUUCCUCACGAUAGACGACGCGUUCAAGGCAGCGUCUGAACAGGUGGAGAACAAUCACAACGUCAUCAAGCAGGGCGAGCUGAAAACUAUCAGUGACAGAAUUUCUGAUGUGCGGAUUUGACAUGCCGAAUCCUUUGCGGCAGUGACAAUUUCAUCCACCCAUCUGUGAACAAUUUACGUAAUUCGAUAUAUAUUCUACAUUUCUAUUAAUACAUUUGUAAAUAGUUUGCAUUGUAUGUACCAUUGUGAUUUUACGAGUAUUUGCUAUUGAGAACACAACGAGCCAUCCAAACAAUGAUUUUGGAUCGCCGCAGUACUUUAAUGUGAAGUUUUAACAAUGUGAAAGCGAUCAGGGAUGAUUUUGGAUCGCCGCACUACUUUUAUGUGCAGUUAAAAAAUGUGAAUGCGAUCAGGGAUGAUUUUGGAUCGCCGCACUACUUUUAUGUGCAAUUAUAAAAAUGUGAAAGCGAUCAGAGAUGAUUUUGGAUCGCCGUACUACUUUUAUGUGCAGUAAUAAAAAUGUGAAAGCGAUCAGGGAUGCAACAGUGUGUGAUUGUUUUUAUAUUUGUAUAUUUUUUAAUAAAUGGAAAGUAUUAAAGUUAAAAAGUUUUUAA